CCGUUCAAAGUGCCAGUAUUGCAGGCAUGUGAUACGCUUGCCGAGAAAGGUUUCAAACUUCUUGCAACAUGUUGCAGUGGUGCGAAUGGUCUUGUUGCUACGCAAGGGGCUGGUCCAUUGCAACAGGAAUUCAUAACUCAACGAAAUACUGGCGAAUUUGAGGAGCAACGUUGGGCUCACUACACGGAAUAUGUCUUUUACAGGGAAGCACUGUGCUCCGGUGGUUUAUCACCGCUACCGUGCAUCAAAGCGAUUUCACCCUCUUCCUAA